AUGGGCCCCGGUCCCAGCUCAAGACAGUCUGCUUUGCCCAUGAAGACAAGGGAGAUACCCUCUUACGCUUCUAACCACAUUCUUCGUGCUUCUCAGCCUACAGGUCAUAGCAAUUCCGUUGUCCACCCAGCAGAAGUCUCCCGGCAGGCAUUGGUUGGUGAUACCUCUCCGUUUCUAUCAAUUGAUACGGGCAAUGCCAUGCCGAGAACUCCACGUCGUCCCAUCAGAGAUGCAGGAGGGCUUGGGGGCCAGAGCAAAGAGCGCAGAGUCGAAAAGCGGAAUGCGAAGCCUCCAUCUUCUGAGGAGCCACCGGAGCCACUUUCGAUAAUUGCGCAGCGUAUGUCCGAUGUUGCCGUCACAGAUGUCGCAACCUUUGCGAACCGAUCUGUUGAGGUCCGACAGUCGGAGUCCAUGGCGGCUGGAAAGGUGAAGCGACCGCUUAAUGCGUUUAUACUUUAUCGGAAAGCCUACCAAGAGGUUGCCAAAACUCAGUGCAAUCGCAAAAACAGCCAUCAGCAGGUCUCGUCUAUAUGUGGAGCCUCUUGGAACGCUGAGCCUCCCAGUGUCCUCGAACGUUUUAGGAAGCUGGCCAAAACCGAGAAGCAAAUGCACGAGGAUGCUUUCCCGACCUAUAAGUACGACCCGGUGCAGGCUAAGAAGCCGAAGGACGCCAUCGACCAGGAUUCCAGAGCAUGCGACGCGAGUGAUGGCGAGUCGAACGGUCGCACAAGACGAAGCGGCAGGCAGCGAACUGCUCGGGGGACAUCUCGGGGGCUACAGUCGCAGCUCCCGGGUGGUCCAUGGUCACAGUACCAGGCUCUUCCCUUCCAGGAGUGGUACACGCAUGGCAGCCUUCCAGCUGAGGCCACGCAAUACACGCCACGUGGGACUGGGCAGCGAGCUAACGACCAAUGUGCUGGCGUCUCGUACAGCCGUACCUCGUCCGAUCUACCCUUUCAGCCUUAUUCGACUUUCAUUGAUCCGCAUCUUGAUCCUUCUCUUCAGGCGGGGGCGCCAAAACCCCAUCAUGACCAGUUCUUGAGUGGCAAUCACGACAUGCUACCGGACUGGAUGUACGUCGGGGGUGGUCAAGAUGCAUCCACGUCGCUUGUGCCCGACUUGGACAUCGCGGGUGCGCACACUGCCUACCUGCAAGGGACCGAUGAUGACUGGCAGGUCGAGCAACUCGAGGAUGGGAGCCAUUUCAGUGACUGGAUGACCCAGGCAGGAACUGGUGAGCAACAGUAG